AUGGCUGCCAGUAGCUUUCGGGCUGCCCAGUGCCCUCCCAUGAUCCCCUCUGCUCCCACCACUGAGGACCUGGAACAUGAAGUCCUGUCUCGUGGGUACGACCGUCCAUCUGCGGCUCAGACAGCAGCGGGAGCCAGCUUUCAAUCCCUCUCUGCUCUGGGACGUCCAAAAGGCACCAGGGAUCGAUCGGGAACUGAUACAAAAGAAACCGCUCUGAUCAAACUUCACCAUUAG